GGCCGGCGUCUCGGCGGCUCGCUCGGUCCGUGGACGGCGGCGGCGGCAUGUUUUCGGCGGGAGCGGAGAGCCUGCUCCACCAGGCCAGAGAGAUCCAGGACGGGGAGCUACAGAAGUUCUGCUCGCGGCUCAGCCAGCUGCUGGGGGCGGAGGACAUGGGCCCCGAGGCCGUCGACGCCCUGCAGAGGCUCUUCCUCAUCGUCUCGGCCACUAAGUACCCGCGGAGGCUGGAGAAGUCGUGCGUGGACCUGCUGCAGGCCCCACUCCACUCGCCCGCGGGCCCCGAGCAAGUGCAGGUCCUCUGUGCCGCCAUCCUGCGAGAGAUGUCGCCCUACGACAGCCUGAGCCUGUCCUGCGAGCGCGCCCACGACGCCCGGCAGCUCAGCCUGCUGGCCUCCGUCCUCUUGGCCCAGGGGGACAGAAGGCAGGAGGUCAGCAGCGUGGGCCAGCGCGUGUGCAAAGUCCUCGAGAGCCGGCAGCCCGAGGGGCCCAGCCUCCGGCACCUCCUCCCCGUCCUGGCCAAGGUCAUCAGCCUCGCCCCGGGCAGCCUCCAGGAAGAACACACCGGCCCCCUCAGCAAGAGGCUGCUUGAGUGGCUGCGCCAUGCCAGCGUCCAGCAAGGGCUCCCGCGCUCCGGCGGCUUCUUCCCCGCACCCAGGGCCCGGCAGCCAGGCCCCGUCACCGAGGUGGACGGGGCGGUGGCCACGGACUUCUUCACGGUGCUGUCCACGGGCCAGCACUACACUGAGGACCAGUGGCUGAACAUGCAGGCCUUCUCCGUGCUGCGGGCGUGGCUGCUGCAUGGCGGCCCUGAGGGCCCCGCCGGCCCCAACGCAGACAACAGAUCAGAGCUGGAGGGCUCCAUGCUGUCCGUGCUGUCUGCCGCCUCCACUGCCAGCCACCUGCUGCCCCCCCAGGAGCGGCUGAGGGAGGUGGCCUUCGAGUACUGCCAGCGCCUCAUCGAGCAGAGCAGCCGGCGAGCGCUGAGGAAGGGGGACGCAGACCUGCAGAGAGCCUGCCUGGUGGAGGCGGUGCUGGUGCUGGACCUGCUGUGCCGGCAGGACCCCUGCUUCCUGUACCGCACGCUGGCCUGCCUGCGGGAGCUGCCCGGGCGGCUGGGCACGGACCCGGCCUGUGUGCGGGCGCUGCUGCCCCUCGCCCAGUUCUUCCUGAACCACGGGGAGGCAGCCGCGGUGGACUCCGAGGCCAUCCAGGAGCAGCUGUUCACCCGGGUCCCAGCCCAGCUCUUCCACAGCCCCGUGCUGGCGCUGGAGUUCGUCCAGUUCUGCCAGGACAACCUGCACCUGCUGGGCAGGGCCACGGGCAUCCUCUCCCGGAGCUUCCCCAACCUCCUCAAGUUCCUGGCCUGGAACAGCCCGCCCCUCACCUCGGAGUUCGUGGCGCUGCUCCCGGCCCUGGUGGACGCCGGCUCAGCCGUGGAGCUGCUGCACGCACUGCUGGACCUGCCCUGCCUCACUGCGGCGCUGGACCUGCAGCUCAGGACAUCACUCGCCCCGUCUGAGCGGCCGCUCUGGGACACCUCCUUGAGGAACCCCAGCUGCCUGGAGGCCUUGCGGGACCCGCAGUUCCAAGGUCUCUUCCAGUACCUGCUGCGCACCAAGGCCUGCGGCUCCGUGGAGAGGCUGAGCCCGCUCCACCAGCUGCUGCAGCCCAUGGCCGGCUGCGCCCGAGUGGUGCAGUGUGCGGAGGCCGUGCCCACCCUGCUCCAGGCGUUCUUCUCAGUCGUGACGCAGUUCGCCGACGGUGCCCUGACCAGCCAGCUGGCACUGCUGCUGCUGGAGAGGAGCGACUCGCUGUACGCGGUGCCAGGGUUCGAGGCCGGCGUGCACAGGGUGCUGAGCAGCCAGUUCCUGGUGCUGUGCCAGCGGAAGCCCUCUCUGGUGGUGGAGCAGGCCCGAGCGCUCCUGGAGCUGGUGGGCCACGUGGGCAGCGUCUGCAGCAAGGCCAGCCUCGUCACCAGCGUGGUGUGGGCCAUCGGUGAGUACCUGUCCGUGACCUGUGACCGGCGCUGCACCGUGGAGCAGAUCAACCGGUUCUUCGAGGCCCUGGAGGCCCUACUGUUUGAGGUCACGCAGUCGAGGCCGUCCGCCACCCUGCCCGCGUGCCCGCCCCAGGUCAUCACCGCGCUCAUGACCACGCUCACCAAGCUGGCCUCCCGGAGCCAGGACCUGAUCCCCAGGGUGUCUCUGUUCCUGUCCAAGCUGAGGACCUGGGCGCCGGGCCCCAGCCCCGUGCACAGUGAGGACGUGGCAGCCGUGCGCACGCGGGCCACGGAGCUGCUCAACCUGCUCAGGAUGCCCAGCGUGGCCCAGUUCGUUCUCACGCCAAGCGCGGCGGUGUGCAACCCCCGCUAUCACCGGGACACGCACACGGCCCUGCCCCUGGCCCUGCGCACGGCCAGCCGGCUGGUGGAGCAGGAGGCCGGCCUGCUGCCUGCCUGAAGGACCAGCCCAGGCGGACGCAGGUAGAGAGGCCGAGCCUCGGUGUGCACGCAGGGGUACAUGGGGCCUCCUGGGAGAACGGGGCCGCAGCUGCACCCCUCUGUUCCUCUUCUGGCUGAAGCAUCCCUACCUCAGCUGUGGCCACGUCGUGGAGGCAGGUAGCUGUAUGGGGUCUCCCUGUGCCGGCCUCGCCAGGCCCCACCGCAGCGCCAGCCCAAGGCAAGCAUAGGAAAGAUGGUUUAUUCACUCUGCCCAGUAAAGCCUGUACCCACGGAACGCUGGAGUGAGUGUCCGAGCUGUGUAUA